AUGGUCAACAUCCGAUCUCGACUCACCGACUUCCAAGCACACGUGAAGUGUUUGGUUACGCCCAAUGUGACAGGUGUCAUCCCGCCAACAAGAAUCGACGUGUCAUCUUGGAACAUUCCCUUCGGCGUCCAACUAGUCGAUCCGGAAUUCUACAAACCGGACAAGAUCGAUAUGCUUCUUGGUGCAGAGUUAUUCUUCAAGUUGAUGCGACCAGGACAUAUCAAACUCGACGACAACCUCCCCGAUCUCCGUGAAACCUGCCUUGGAUGGGUUUUAGGCGGUGUAUUCACUAACACGAUCAACGCCAAUCAACCACAACAUUCGCUCAUCGUAUCGUUGGAUGACAUCGAGGAAUCUAUUCAAGGAUUUUGGAGGCUCGAAGCGGUGCCAGAUUCGAGUCCUCUGACGAAGGAAGAACAGGAGUGUGAAGCCAAUUUCGUCGCCACCCACCAGCGUGAUGAAAAUGGACGAUACCAAGUGAGGCUACCGUUCAAGGAUAACGUGCACGAGCUUAUUGACUGCCGAGCGGUUGCUUUGAAGCGAUUCCAGAUGCUGCAGAGGAGGCUGCAGCGGAACCCCGAUUUGAACGAGCAGUAUGUUCAGUUCAUGCGUGAGUAUGAAGAGCUGGGACACUGCCACGAAGUACGAGAAGAAGACGAUCCACCGCACCAGCAAAACUACUACCUGCCGCACCAUGCGGUACUUCGCCCAUCAAGUUCGAUCAUCAAGUGCAGGGUGGUAUUUGAUGCCAGCGCCAAACCAACAGUGAACAACCGUUCACUCAAUGAGGUUCUACUAGUCGGUGCAGUGGUACAGAAAGAACUCUAUGACGUCAUACUCAGGUUCUGCAAGUACCCAGUUGCAUUCACAGCCGACGUGCCGAAGAUGUAUCGACAAAUCAAGAUGCAUCCAAGGGACACACACUAUCUCCGUGUUUUUUGGUGUGAGCAGCCGUCAGAGCCACUCCGAGUCUUGGAGCUCACGACGGUUACAUAUGGAACAGCAUCGGCUCCGUUCCAAGCUACCAGGUGCUUGCAGCAGCUCGCCGAUGAUGAAUCAACCGAUUUUCCGAACGGUGCGCAAAUCGCCAAGGAGGAUUUUUACGUCGACGAUGCACUUUCCGGUGCAAAUUCACUUCCGAAGGCCCUCGAAGCAGCAAGGCAGCUGGAAGGCUUACUGAAGAGAGGAGGGUUUUCGCUGCAUAAGUGGUGUUCCAACUCAAAAGAGUUUUUGGACCACAUUCCAAACGAUCGACUGGAACAGCCCGUUCCAUUGGAAGAAUGCGGACCGAAUGGAGUCAUCAAAGUGCUAGGCUUGCUUUGGGAUCCAAAAGCCGAUCAUUUCCUCAUCGCAAGGCCGCCACAAUGUGAUUUGAAUCAACGAUCAACGAAGCGUAUCAUCUACUCCGAGGUGGCCAAGCUUUUUGACCCGUUAGGACUUAUGUCACCAGUGAUUGUCGUCGCCAAGCUACUAGUGCAACAGCUGUGGAAGCACAAGAUUGGCUGGGAUGAGCCCGUCAACGACUCGAUACAGGAGCGAUGGGUUGAAUUUGCAAAUACCUUGCCAGCACUCGACAAAAUCGCCAUACCAAGAAGAGUUACGUUCCACGACGCCGUGUCCUACGAAAUCCACGGUUUUGCCGACGCAUCAUCAUUGGCGUAUGGUGCAUGUGUUUAUGUUCGAAGCCUGUUCUCCAACGGUUCCGCCAAGAUGAAGUUGCUGAGUAGCAAGUUAAAGGUUGCUCCGCUACAUGACCUUUCAACGCCUCGAAAGGAAUUGUGUGCCGCAUUGCUACUAACUCGACUCAUUCAGAGGAUUAUCCCAGCCAUGCAAAUGGAAUUCCGUGACGUGGUCCUCUGGUCGGACAGUCAAAUCGUUCUGGCGUGGAUGAAACGAUCAGCCGAUCGCCACAAGAUUUUUGUCCGAAACCGAAUUCACGAAAUCAAUACCUCCACUGCAGGAUAUCGCUGGUGCUACAUCCGAUCUGGUGAUAAUCCAGCAGACAUCGUGUCCAGAGGUCAGCUACCAAACGAUUUGCGCAGAAACAAUCUUUGGUGGACCGGACCAAGUUUCCUCACGAAACUCGAGUACGACGAACAGGAGUUAGUCGAUAUCCCCAACCAACAGCUUCCCGAAAUGACAAGCACCGAAAUUGUCACUUCGGCUGUGGUGGAACAGUUUCCACUGUUUUCCCGCUUCAGUGACUUCAGGAAGAUCGAACGCAUCAUGGCAUCUUCGAUUCAUCGCCAACAUCCGCACCAAGAACAGGUCACAACGUAUCUUCAACCGUCAGAGCUAGCUGACGAAAUACGUCGUGUCCAAACCAACAAACCGUGCCGCAAACUAGGAGGCUUGAAUCCAGUGUUCGUCGAUGGAUUGCUUCGAGUUGGUGGUCGCCUGCAACAUUCGAAUCUACGAGCCGAGACGAAGAAUCCGAUUAUCCUUCCGAACAGACAUCCACUGACGAAGCAGCUAAUCCGCACAAUGCACAUCGAGCAUUUGCACCUUGGGCAAAAUGGCUUGAUUGCUGCUAUGCGCCAGAGGUAUUGGUUGCUGAGCGCCCGUUCAACCAUCCGGCAAGUGACCCGCAAUUGUGUAAGAUGUUUCCGCACAAAUCCAAAUAUGUCAACGCAGCUGAUGGGCAAUCUUCCUCAACCGAGGAUAAAUCCAGCACCUCCGUUUGCAGUGACUGGUGUCGACUACGCCGGCCCAUUUUGGAUAAAGAUGGGAAAUUACCGAUCCAGGCUCAUCAAGGCUUACGUGGCAGUAUUUGUUUGCAUGGUAACAAAAGCAGUGCAUCUCGAGGUCGUGUCUGAUCUGACAUCCGACGCCUUCUUAGCUGCGCUACAACGGUUCAUCAGCCGAAGAGGAAUGGUGCAACAGUUGCAUUCUGACAAUGCCACCAACUUCCGAGGAGCACAACACGAGUUGCACCAGCUAUAUCAACAGUUCCAGGAUCAGCAGUUCACAGGACGUAUCCAGUCCUUCUGUCAGCCAAAAGAGAUCGAGUGGCAUUUCAUACCGUCGAACGCACCCGAGUUCGGUGGCUUGUGGGAGGCCGCUGUAAAAUCGACAAAGAGACAUUUGGUCAGAGUGGUUGGCUAUUCCAAAUUGUCAUUUGAAGAGCUAACAACCAUACUCACCGAAAUCGAAGCAGUUCUCAACUCUAGGCCACUGUUUUCGAUUUCCUCCGAUACAGCCGACAUAAACGUAAUUACGCCAGCUCAUUACUUGAUUGGUAGACCACUUACAGCCGUUCCGGAACCAUCCCUUGAAGACAUCCAAAUUAAUCGUCUGAAAAGAUGGCAACAUCUACAGAAGAUGCGUGAGGAUUUUUGGAAAUCUUGGUCCAGAGAUUAUUUGUGCAGCCUUCAACCGAGGUCAAAGAAUACCAAGACGACAUCCAACCUUCGCCCAGGAAUGGUAGUUCUACUGGAGGACAAAAAUCAACCACCGCUUAACUGGAAGCUAGGCCGCAUCAUGCAGGUAUUCCCAGGGCCAGAUGGAUUGGUCCGAGCCAUCGAUGUGUCGUCUAACGGAUCUACCUACCGACGACCGAUCAACCGGAUCGCAGUUUUGCCGAUUGAGGACAACGAGCCACCAACCCUGAGUGAUGUUGAAUCUACGAGUCAACCGGGCGGAGUAUGUUCCGUGCGAAACAAGCUAUAG